AUGCUUUUCGCCAUUGAAGAAAUUAACAACAAUACAGACCUGCUGCCUGGAAUCAUUCUGGGCUAUGAAAUCUAUGACACUUGUGGUUCCAUGGCCAGAAGUGUAAAAGUUGCACUUGCCUUGAACAAUGGUAAUGACAAUGUGUCUUCAGUUUCCAAUGCUUCCUGUACCAGACCAGCACAAGUGCAGGCCAUUAUGGGAGAAACUUCCUCCUCUCCAAGUACAGCAAUAGCUACCGUCAUUGGCCCAUUUCAUAUCCCUUUGAUCAGCCACUUUGCCACAUGUGCUUGUCUCAGUGAUAAAACCAAGUACCCAUCCUUUCUCAGAACCAUUCCCAGUGACUACUACCAGAGCAGAGCACUCGCCCAUUUGGUCAAACACUUUGGCUGGACGUGGGUCGGAGCUGUUAGAACCAAUGAUGACUAUGGCAAUAACGGCAUGGCUACAUUCAUUGAAACCGCACAACACCUUGAUAUCUGUGUGGAAUAUUCUGUAUCCUUCUUCAGAACAGACCCGGCAGACAAGAUACAAAAGAUAAUUGACACGAUCAAGGCUUCCACUUCAAAGGUUAUAAUUGCUUUCAUGUCACACAUGGACAUGGAUGUCCUUAUUCAUGAGUUUUCCCACCAUGACAUGACUGGAUACCAGUGGGUAGGGAGUGAGUCCUGGAUUUUUGACUCUCAAAUUGCAGCAAUAGAUGAAAAACACAUCCUGGAUGGAGCUAUAGGCCUUUCCAUCCCCAAAGCACAUGUCAGCGGCCUGAAAGAGUUCAUGCUGGAUGUGGAACCACUCAACUCAUCCAAUAGUGAGUUGUUUACAGAAUUUUGGGAAGCAUUAUUUAGCUGCAAGUUCAAUAAUUCAGAAUCAACAGCGAUUCAGAGAGUCUGUACUGGACAUGAGGAUGUAGCUGGUGUGCAAAACAGCUUCACUGACAUGUCACUCAUGCCCAUCUUUAACAAUGUGUAUAAAGGAGUGUAUGCAGUGGCCCACGCUCUUCAUCACAUCCUCAGCUGCAAUACAACAUGUGACAGCAGUGUGCAGCUAGAUCCAUUCAUGAUUUUACAGCACAUAGGAAAGGUUCACUUCAAAACCAAGGAAGGAGAUGAGGUUUACUUUAAUGAAAAUGGAGAUCCAGCUGCAAAAUAUGAAAUUAUCAAUUGGCAGCCAAGAGGAAACAGUAUUGUAGACUUUGUCAAAGUUGGUCUUUAUGAUGCAUCAUUACCUGAAGACAAACAAUUGAAUCUGCUAAAUAAGUCUUUAAUCUGGGCACAGAACUCACUGCAGGUGCCAGUGUCCGUUUGCAGCAAGGAGUGUCCCCCAGGCACACGUAAGGUUCUCCAGAAAGGAAAACCUGUUUGCUGCUAUGAUUGUGUAAGAUGUGCAGAGGGAGAAAUGAGCAACAGCACAGAUUCUAUCACUUGUGUGCGAUGCCCCCUAGAAUCCUGGUCGAAUGAAAAAAGAGAUGCCUGCAUAAAAAAGGAUGAAGUGUUCCUAUCAUAUGAAGAAAUAAUGGGAGCACUGCUCACUGCAGCCUCUUUAUUUGGAACAUGUAUGACUGCUGCUGUGGCAUUCAUUUUCUUCAGAUACAGGAAAACUCCUCUUGUGAGGGCCAACAACUCUGAGAAAGAAAAAAAGCAAGAGUGCACUGUAAUUGCAUGUUGUCAGUAA